AAUAUGAAUUUCUGACACGUUCAGCUCGACAUAAAAGACAGUGUCGCGCUUCAGACUGCAGCAUUUCUUCAACGGGAGAAGACGUCGAGAAUAGACGAUUACAGAAGUAACUAUUACAGUUUCGAAAGCUGUGGUGCAAGAUGCAGAUCUUUGUGAAAACCCUCACCGGCAAAACCAUCACCCUGGAGGUGGAGCCCAGUGAUACCAUUGAGAACGUUAAGGCCAAGAUCCAGGAUAAGGAGGGCAUCCCCCCUGACCAGCAGAGGCUGAUCUUUGCCGGAAAGCAGCUGGAGGAUGGUCGCACCCUGUCCGACUACAAUAUCCAGAAGGAGUCCACCCUUCACCUGGUCCUCCGUCUUAGGGGUGGCAUGCAGAUCUUUGUCAAGACCCUCACCGGCAAAACCAUCACCCUGGAGGUGGAACCCAGCGACACCAUUGAGAAUGUCAAAGCCAAGAUCCAGGAUAAGGAGGGCAUCCCCCCUGACCAGCAGAGGCUGAUCUUUGCCGGAAAGCAGCUGGAAGAUGGCCGCACCCUGUCCGACUACAACAUUCAGAAGGAGUCCACCCUUCACCUGGUCCUCCGUCUUAGGGGUGGCAUGCAGAUCUUCGUCAAGACCCUCACCGGCAAAACCAUCACCCUGGAGGUGGAACCCAGCGACACCAUUGAGAAUGUCAAAGCCAAGAUCCAGGAUAAGGAGGGCAUCCCCCCUGACCAGCAGAGGCUGAUCUUUGCCGGAAAGCAGCUGGAAGAUGGCCGCACCCUGUCCGACUACAACAUUCAGAAGGAGUCCACCCUUCACCUGGUCCUCCGUCUUAGGGGUGGCAUGCAGAUCUUCGUCAAGACCCUCACCGGCAAAACCAUCACCCUGGAGGUGGAACCCAGCGACACCAUUGAGAAUGUCAAAGCCAAGAUCCAGGAUAAGGAGGGCAUCCCCCCUGACCAGCAGAGGCUGAUCUUUGCCGGAAAGCAGCUGGAAGAUGGCCGCACCCUGUCCGACUACAACAUCCAGAAAGAGUCCACCCUUCACCUGGUCCUCCGUCUGAGAGGUGGCAUGCAAAUCUUCGUCAAAACCCUCACUGGCAAAACCAUCACCCUGGAGGUGGAGCCCAGCGACACCAUUGAGAACGUCAAGGCCAAGAUCCAGGAUAAGGAGGGCAUCCCCCCUGACCAGCAGAGGCUGAUCUUUGCUGGCAAACAGCUUGAAGAUGGCCGCACCCUGUCCGACUACAACAUCCAGAAGGAGUCCACCCUUCACCUGGUCCUCCGUCUGAGAGGUGGCAUGCAGAUCUUCGUCAAGACCCUCACCGGCAAAACCAUCACCCUGGAGGUGGAGCCCAGCGACACCAUUGAGAACGUCAAGGCCAAGAUCCAGGAUAAGGAGGGCAUCCCCCCUGACCAGCAGAGGCUGAUCUUUGCUGGCAAACAGCUUGAAGAUGGCCGCACCCUGUCCGACUACAACAUCCAGAAGGAGUCCACCCUUCACCUGGUCCUCCGUCUGAGAGGUGGCAUGCAGAUCUUCGUCAAGACCCUCACCGGCAAAACCAUCACCCUGGAGGUGGAGCCCAGCGACACCAUUGAGAACGUCAAGGCCAAGAUCCAGGAUAAGGAGGGCAUCCCCCCUGACCAGCAGAGGCUUAUCUUUGCCGGCAAACAGCUGGAGGAUGGCCGCACCCUGUCCGACUACAACAUCCAGAAAGAGUCCACCCUUCAUCUGGUCCUCCGUCUCAGAGGUGGCAUGCAAAUUUUUGUCAAGACCCUCACUGGCAAGACAAUCACCCUCGAAGUUGAGCCCAGCGACACCAUUGAGAACGUCAAGGCCAAGAUCCAGGAUAAGGAGGGCAUCCCCCCUGACCAGCAGAGGCUGAUCUUUGCCGGCAAACAGCUGGAAGAUGGCCGCACCCUGUCCGACUACAACAUCCAGAAAGAAUCUACUCUCCACCUUGUCCUUCGUCUCAGGGGUGGUAUGCAGAUCUUCGUAAAGACCCUCACUGGCAAAACCAUCACCCUGGAGGUGGAACCCAGCGACACCAUUGAGAAUGUCAAAGCCAAGAUCCAGGAUAAGGAGGGCAUCCCCCCUGACCAGCAGAGGCUGAUCUUUGCCGGAAAGCAGCUGGAAGAUGGUCGCACCCUGUCUGACUACAACAUCCAGAAGGAGUCCACCCUUCAUCUGGUCCUCCGUCUGAGGGGUGGUAUGCAAAUCUUUGUCAAGACCCUCACCGGCAAAACCAUCACCCUGGAGGUGGAACCCAGCGACACCAUUGAGAACGUUAAGGCCAAAAUCCAGGAUAAAGAGGGCAUCCCCCCUGACCAGCAGAGGCUGAUCUUUGCUGGCAAGCAGCUGGAAGAUGGCCGCACCCUGUCCGACUACAACAUCCAGAAAGAAUCCACCCUCCACCUUGUUCUCCGUCUGAGGGGUGGCGCAAACAUGCAGAUCUUUGUCAAGACCCUCACUGGUAAAACCAUCACCCUGGAGGUGGAGCCCAGCGACACCAUUGAGAACGUCAAGGCCAAAAUCCAGGAUAAGGAGGGCAUCCCCCCUGACCAGCAGAGGCUGAUCUUUGCCGGAAAGCAGCUGGAAGAUGGCCGCACCCUGUCCGACUACAACAUCCAAAAAGAAUCUACCCUCCACCUUGUUCUCCGUCUGAGGGGUGGCAUGCAGAUCUUCGUCAAGACCCUCACUGGCAAGACCAUCACCCUGGAGGUUGAGCCCAGUGACACCAUUGAGAACGUCAAGGCCAAGAUCCAGGAUAAGGAGGGCAUCCCCCCUGACCAGCAGAGGCUGAUCUUUGCCGGAAAGCAGCUGGAAGAUGGCCGCACCCUGUCCGACUACAACAUCCAGAAGGAGUCCACCCUUCACCUGGUCCUCCGUCUGAGAGGUGGCAUGCAGAUCUUCGUCAAGACCCUCACUGGCAAAACCAUCACCCUGGAGGUUGAGCCCAGUGACACCAUUGAGAACGUCAAGGCCAAGAUCCAGGAUAAGGAGGGCAUCCCCCCUGACCAGCAGAGGCUGAUCUUUGCCGGAAAGCAGCUGGAGGAUGGCCGCACCCUGUCCGACUACAAUAUCCAGAAGGAGUCCACCCUCCACCUGGUCCUCCGUCUGAGGGGUGGCCAGUAAAUGAGUUCAAUAUUUUAUUCACUUAACAUGACAAGUGCACCUAAUAAAGUGAGAUCACAAUAAAUGGAA